UUUUUGUUCAAUUAUCACGCAUAUUUAUUGUUUAGUUAAGAGCAAAAUUAACAACUAAUAAAGCAAUGGAGAAGGAAUUAGACAGAGUAAUCGAAGAGAUAAUGGCUACGCCGAACGUGAACGGUUGCCUAGUGGCGGACCACCAAGGCCUCUGCUUGGCGUCGAAGGGUGCCGCGCACGUUGACUCGGCGGGCGUUGUCGUGGCGAUAUCGGAGCAGGCCUGCAAGAUACAGCCCAACCUGAAGCCGCCGACCGUAUGCCUGGAGACUGACACCAAGCAGUGUCUCAUACAGCGGCACGGGACCAUAACGGGAGCCAUUUUCAAACAAAAAGCUUAGUACCUACCUAUAGACAAGACCAACUUAUGUAAAUUGGAUUAAUACUUUUUUUAUAGUCAACAAUCAACAACUCAACCAAGGAGCUCCGUAAUAUGAACAAGUUGACUGUGAUUGUGAGAGCAUUGCUGAGUUGUCCAUGUCUGGAUUUUAAAAAGUUUUGUGUCCUGCCUGGGUGUAUAGCCAAGAUGCCAAUCGCCUACGCUCUGUAUUGAAUGGAACGCCAAUGUCUCUGUCGCUUUUAUAUGGAAGAGUGAUAGAGAGAGACUACCAUAUCUGCCACACAUACACAUGGUAGUCACACACCACAAAAGUCUGCAACUGAUGCUUAAGCUUAGAAAAUAAAUUAAAAUUGAAAAAAACAGCCAGUAUACUUUUACACUUUUCAUUUAUUUUCUAAACUUAAUUAGACUACCAUAUCGUUCACCACUCAGCAAACGAUUGGCACCUUAGUUAGGCACCCUAGGUGAAUCAAAGAUAUUAUAUUAUAUUUGACAAUAUAAUAUUGAUAUAUAUAUAUAUUUUGACAAAACCAAAACCAAGUCUAAGGUUUGGUUUUGCUCUAGUUUCGUCCAAAACUGUAGAAACAUGAUUUUUAUUCCGAAACUGGGCUCUACCAAAAAUACAGUUUUGGUGCGGCUGAAAAGGUCGGACAUUUUGGCAGAGACUAACUUCAGUCAGACAAUACUAAAAAUUAAAAAAGUAAGAACUGUAAUUCUAUUUUGUUGGAACACAACUAGCCUUGUAAUCCUGUUUUAACGUAGGCCCUAGCAACCUAGUUUCAUUUUGUGUAUAAAUAUUAAAUUUUUAAAAUACUUCCGAUACCACAUAUGUAAAGCCUGACCAGUAAUAUAUGAUCAUUGUCAAGGGGGCGCUGUUCAUUCUCAUGUAUAGGGUGACAGUUCAGUUUAGUAUGAAAAAAAUUAGUUCCAGUGAAAUUUCGCAACAUUGCGCGUGAUCAUAUAUUCCUGGUUAGGCUUUAAGUAGCAAAGGGCAUGACAUAAUUGUUAUACUUUUGUAAAAAUUCCAAUAGAUUAUUUAUA